UCUUCACUAAUUACUACCAUCCCUUCAUAUAUGUCUUAAAUCAUUACUAAUUAGUCAUUAAUACUACAAUUAUGAUAUCUAAUUCUCUUAAUUAAACUUCUACGUUACAAACACACAUAAUUAACGUAAAUCUCUUAGCCUCCCUAAACAAAUCUACUAUAUAUACUCACAUAACACACAACCAAAAUCACAACUCAAUCCAAAUUUCCCCUACUUAAUCCUACAUAAUUAAGCGUUAAACAUUCACAAAAAAGAAUCCAUACAUCAUAUCAAAAUGGUUAUUGCAAAACUCAAUCUCCUCUUUGUACUCAUCCUAGCAUGCUCAAUCAACAUGACCUCAUCCUCGAGGCCAACCCCACCACCGACCACUACCCCUACCACCACCACCACCACCACCACCGCCACCGCACAAAGGCUGAACAAGCUUGCCGGUGAAACACCUGGUGGCGGCUCAUCAUCAACUUCAGUCAAUUGUUGGGCUUCCAUGUUUGAACUUCAGUCGUGUACAGGAGAGGUGAUCCAGUUCUUUUAUGAAGGUGAGACGUACCUCGGGCCGGGUUGUUGUCGGGCUGUUCGGGUUAUUGAGCACCAUUGUUGGCCUAAUAUGUUGGCUACUCUUGGGUUUACUUCUGAGGAAGGGGAUGUUCUUCAAGGUUAUUGUGAUUCUGAGGAAGAUCACCAAAAUGGGAACUAAGUAUAAUUAAUUAAGGUCUUGGUAAUGAAAUUAAGGUUGUAUUUUUGUUAUGCUAGUAGUUAUUAAAUAAGUGGUUUUAUUUCCACGAGAAAUACCAUGCAUGGUUCGUUGAAAAUGGAAGCUUAAUCUUGUUUUAAUAUAUCGUUUUGUAAUAUAUAUCUAUUGCUGAUAUGAUGUUUUUCUCCACUA